GCUGCCAAACUCCAGAGGGCUUGGUAGGUGCACCAGAUUUCUUUCAAAUUAGUCCCACCUAGAACAACAGGUGUGCCUACACCUACCUCUCCCAUUUUUACUCUACCACAAUUACCCACCAUAGGUAACUACUCACUACAAGAUAAAACAAGAAAUAAAAGAGCGCUUUUUCCUAUCCUUUCUCUUGAUUCUGCUUCUUAGAUUCGAUUUUGGGUUAGAAAUCUGUUAUAAAUCUGGGGUCUUUUUAGGUGAGAGAGUGUGGGGUAGUUCAGGUUCAUGGAUAUGGAAUUUUUACAGUCCCUGGAUGUUCAAAUUCUUGUGGGUGUGGCAGUGGCUGUUUUGGCCAUUGGAGUUGGCGCUGCCUUCCUGUUUUCCUCUAAGAAACCCAAAGGCAGCCUAGAUCCUGAGAAUUUUAAGGAGUUUAAACUUGUCAAGCGUGCACAGCUGAGCCAUAACGUGGCGAAGUUUACAUUUACACUUCCAACUCCUACUUCAGUUUUAGGUCUCCCAAUUGGACAGCAUAUAAGUUGCAGGGGCAAGGAUAGCCGGGGGGAAGAGGUUAUUAAACCUUAUACCCCUACGACAUUGGAUUCUGACAUUGGGUAUUUUGAACUAGUCAUUAAGAUGUAUCCCCAAGGAAGAAUGUCACACCAUUUUCGAGAGAUGCGUGUUGGUGAUUAUCUUGCUGUGAAGGGACCCAAGGGGAGGUUCAAGUAUCAGCCUGGUCAGGUUAGAGCAUUUGGGAUGAUAGCUGGAGGUUCUGGCAUAACCCCCAUGUUCCAAGUUGCCAGGGCCAUAUUAGAGAACCCAAAGGACAAGACAAAGGUGCACCUUAUUUAUGCCAAUGUCACCUACGAGGACAUUCUUUUGAAGGAAGAACUUGAUGGCCUUGCUGCUAAGUAUCCAGAUCGAUUUGAGGUCUACUAUGUUUUGAACCAGCCCCCUGAAGUCUGGGAUGGUGGUGUUGGCUUUGUGUCAAAGGAAAUGAUUGAAACCCACUGCCCUGCACCGGCACCUGAUAUCCAGAUUCUGAGGUGUGGUCCACCACCCAUGAACAAGGCCAUGGCUGCUCACCUCGAUGCUCUUGGGUAUGCACCUGAGAUGCAAUUCCAGUUCUGAUCCUUUGAGAUGGCAAGAAUGUGUUCAUGGACUUACAAUGUCUCAUUUGCAUAACUACAACCGUUGGAUCAAUCCAUUUUGUUUUAUCCUUUUCUUCAGCUGAGAUUUGAACUAUAUAUUUAACUGGAAAGCAUUAAAGCAUGUGGUCUAUAUUCCCACCAUAUGCCUUGAACAUUUGUAAGAUAAGUUUUGAACUGCAGUAGUUCUUUGCUUGAUUUACAUCUGUGAGAUCCUUUACUGGAAGGUAGGACUGCAGAUGAGUUACAACUUGAUUUAAUCUGUGCAGUCUUGAAUGUCUACAGAAUAAUUACUUAAUUCAGAUGAUAUUGAUUGGAAUCCUUAUUUGUACUUUAAUCAAGUAAAUUGUUGUAAGAAAGCAUUUGAACUAAA